AUGGCCGAGAGAUUUCGAAAUGGUAGAUGGAGAAGAGUAAUGUGUUCGACCACUAUUGCCGAGUAUGAGUUAGAGUUGCAAACUAUGAAAGCGACAUGGGGAGCAUCGAACCCACCACUGGUGAAAUAUGUCGAGGAUCAAUGGUUGGUCCACAAGGAGAAAUUUGUGCGAGUUUGGACGAAUUUGGUGAUGCACUUCGGCAAUGUCAACACAUGUAGAGUAGAGAGCCAACAUUCCGUACUUAAACAAUGGUUUGACAGUUCUACAGGAGCAUUAGACACUAUCUUCCGUCGUGUGCACAGCAACAUUGAGGGUAUGCUAAUUGAGAUUCGUCACCAUUUAGAGGACUCGAGACGGCGAAUGGGGUCACAACACAACAUCAUGCCUUUGCUUCAUCUUAACGGCUUUUUGUCAUUUCGAGGUCUUGAUAUUUUACAGGAUGAGUUGAAGAGGAUGAGAGAGAUAUCUGAUGAUGUGUUGGAUAGGUGUGGGUGUGCGUUACUGACGAAGAACGGUCUCCCAUGUGCAUGCACCAUGUGGACAGCAAUUCUUGCAGGGACAGGGUUGUAUUUGGAUCAGGUCCAUCCAUUUUGGAAAACACUAGUGAUCGGUGAGGGCGUUGACAUUCUCGUUUUUGCUGAUGAGUCGGAGCAGGAUGCAGCCUUGUUUAGCUCUUUGGUCGAUGAGGUCUUAGAUCGUGAUCCAAGCUUUGUGCGGGGUAUCAACCGGGUCCUAUUUGAGGAGCUACACCGAGAUCAGACUGAUUUUACUGAUCCAGAGGUCAACGAGACAACAAGGGGUCGACCACCGACAGGUCAAUGGUCUACGUCUACUAGGCGUAAUCGCAGCAGAUUUGAGCAUAUUUUGGGUUCUCGUGGCCGUCGAGGUGGACGUAGGGGUGGUCGUCGGGGUGGUCGUACGACACCGAUUUAUACAGCUUCAGGGAAUGAUUUGAACUUGGAGGAAUUCGCAUAUUUGGAUAAAGUUCCAGCCUUCAUGCUUCCAUUUCUACGAGGGUGGAGUGAUCCGCUUGGUGAUGGUAACUGUGGAUUUCGAUGUGUUGCAGAUUUCUUCAUAGGUGACCAGCAUGAAUGGAUAUUAGCUCGACGAUCGAUUGCAAAUGAGGUUGGUCAUCAUCGAGACAUUUAUUCUCGAGUGUAUAGAGUUGAACAAUUAGAUGUUGCAAUCAACCGUAUCACAUGGACUGGAGGGAGAUGCGGCACAGAUCAUUGGAUGGUUGCUUUUGAUGACUUGUUUCCGAUUGCUAACUUUUAUAAUGCCGCUGUCAUGUGUUUUGGUGUUGGUAUAGAUGGUCGUGGUGUGUUCCCAUGCAUCACUGUGCUACCUUGGACUGCUCCGUCAACAACAACUGGUCCGUAUAGGGAGUUUUGCAUACUGUCUUUAGGGUGGCAUUUUGUGCGAUUGGAGUUUGAAGAUAAUUUUCCAGUUCCUCCUAUUGCUACUACUUGGUUCGAUAUAUGUGAUUGA